UGUAAACAAACGCGGUCUAGUUUGACCUCGCGUAAAUUCUAACCGGCGUUUGUGUGUUGAUCUGAGCAUAAAUUGAUCGUUUCCCAAACUGACAGUGUAGAAGUUAUCAAUAAUAUUGUUGUAGAGCGUAAAUUUUGAUUGAAGUUUGUUCGUUCAUUUAUGAAUUGACCGUGUUUUAAAAUUUGGAAUAUUGUAAACAAACGAGUUGCAAGAGUGCACAGUGUUAUAAGUUAGUUGACUCCUCGUUACUUUUGACCGGCUCUCGGAAGUUGAUGUGUGUUGACCUUUUUUUAAGUUGACAGUUAUAUUGUGAAAGAUUCAUGAUUGAUUCUGGCGCUCAAUUAUAAUUCAAUAAAUUUUCUAUUCGAUGGAAAAAAUCGCAUUUAAUUUGAAAAUUGAUUAACAGGAAAUUAUUUUAUUUCCUAUACAGUGACAACAGUGAAUAGUGAGGCUGAUCUUGCCAUCUAUCUUCAGGCAUACCUUGAUUGUUUAUCGUUUAAGUGAAGUUUUACUAAUUCUGUUUGGAAGUGCAUAUUUGACUACGUUAACUGGAAUCAUGUCUUGAAGAAGCUACUACUGGAAUCAAAAAUUAACUCCACCCUCCAACCCUCAAUCACAACAUGCAUCUACAAGUGACGAAUUUCGCGUCAUGCAGUGAGAAAGUGUGAACCAGUGAAAACAUAUCUCAUUUUCCCAAAAUGAUUAGAAAUGGUACAAACUCUUUGGGUAGACCCUAUAGACCCAGGUCAUCAACCUCAGAAACAAUCCCUUUCGCAGAUUCUCCCGACAGUCCUUCCAUUUUACCGCCAAAAAUCUCUCCCAAAUCUGGGGGUCCAUCCCCCCCACACAACUGUCGUUUACAAAUGGGACGAUAUCCUCUACCAUUACCCCCUCCUCCACCCUCUCCACCAUCACUAUCAACCCCUCCCCAUAGAAUUCACAUGAUUGACACUGAUGAUACAACCAGUUUGAAUAAUAUUUUGGAUGCCAUUGAAGAUCUGCCCGAUGAAUCCUCGGAGGGAUCGGUUUUCGAGGAAGAAGAGGGUGUGGAUGGAAAGGAGGAGGAGGAGGACCGGUUGACUCCGCUUCGUUCGCCCAAGGAUAGAUUGCAGGCUUGCAGGCUAAACUUACAAAAUAUGGCAGAAGUAUGCAAGAAACAGGGAGCCAGAAAUGUUCAGGAUGGCAGCCUUGCAACGCCACCAUGCUCACCGCUGCACUCGCCAAUGCUGCCAACUGCUCCGGCGUCCAUAGCAGGCGACACUCACUACAUAUCGUCGGUGAGGGCGUCGUCGCGACGCACGGGUGGCAGUCUCGGCAGUCCCGAAAAGGAAAGAGACAGAGAUCCUCUCACUCGGUUGUUGCGGUUUCUCAGGGCGUUCUACAGGGAGUUAGCCGCCAGGGACCCUGUUUACCCCCCACCAUGGGCGCCCCCUCUACCCCCGGGGACCACUUGUGCGGCCCACUUCGAGCCAGCACUCCUCCUCGCCCCUCUCUCUACCUCCUCGAGAACCGAGACCGAGCCACGGGACUACAUAGGCAUCGACCAGAUAUUCUCCGCUGUCAGGACGACAGACGGGAUGGUAUACGAGGCGCCGCGACGCGUGCUGAUCGAGGGGUCGGCCGGCAGCGGCAAGACGACGCUGGCGCUUCGUGUUCUGCACUCGUGGGCCACCCAUGACCAUGACUCCAACCCCAUCCAAUUGGCCCUCUUUGUGCCCCUCAGGGAGCUCAGGGGCGGCUCGCUGUCUCAUUACCUUGGCAAGUUUCAAACAUUUAUUUCAUGCAGGUUGCUAAUUACCUGCUGUCCCGGAUGGAAUGCUGAGCUGGCACCUUUUGUGCAGAGGCGGCUACUUCUGCAAGGACUCGACUGGAAGCAUGUACAGCGAUUGGUUUAUUCAUUCUUCUCCUCAAAUAAGGAACCGGGUCUAGCAGACACAUUCCUGGAACAAGUGACGUCGAGCCCGGCUGUUCUGCGCCCUCUCUGCGGCUGGCCCCUGGGUUGGUUGCUGCUCUGCGUCCUCUUCGACGAGACGGGAUGUCGGUUACCUUCCGAAUCACUAGACCUGCAUCAGUCGCUGUUCAAGUGUCUAAUCAGACGAAGCCUGAUCAAACGCGGAGACGCGCUCAACUCUCCCCUGAAUGGCGCCGCCCCGGAUUUGCCCGGCCACUGCAAGAAACUACUCGCCGAGUUUGGAAAGCUGGCUCUGACCUGUGUCAAAGAGGAUCGCUUUUCUUACACGGAUUCCGAAAUUAGAGCCCACUGCCGAGGCGGCGGUCUGGAGGUGACUGAGCUGGGUUUCCUGAUGCGCGGCUUAAACUUCGGUCGCACGCAUGCGCAGAAGAAGCGGCCCGAUCACUACACGCCGCUGCACCGGUCGCUGGCCGAGUUCCUGGCCGCAUACUACCUGUCGUCGGUCGUCCACUACUCCAACAUCCUGCGUCGUGAACUGGAGGAUCUGCCCGGAUUGGCGGCCGGCUGCGUCAAGCCUAGCAGUGUCCUCGUGCUCAGGUUUCUGCUGGGGUUACUCGGCAAGAAGGGCCAUUUGGUAUUCGGCCAACUGAGCCCCCUUGACUUACCCACCCGAACCCUGUUCUCCCUGCUUCAAGCUGCCGGCCCCUCCGAACUGAACGUGGCCGCAGUGUGCCGACUGGUGGGCGCUGCAGGGGGGUCUGCAGGGGGUGCUACGGGUCAACCGCCCCCUCACAUGGGCGCAGAGGGUGGCCAGGGGCUGGUGCCCCCCCUGGUGCAUACCGCGCCUCUUGAACUCGAAGGUUGGGCAAGUGUCUUGAGAAGUGACGCUUGUACCCUGGAAGCGUUGGAGCUGGUGUUUCAGUUUGAUAAGGGCGAAGACUGCGAGCCCCUUCUGGACUCGUUCUUCGCAGCGUUGUCAGCCAACGACAGCGUUCGCACUGUGAGGAUAUCGUCACUGCUAGGUCAUGAGUUCACAGCCGCCGAGGUGGAAAGGCUGGCCGUCUACGUCAAGACCACACUUCCCAAGGCACGGCUGCACACUUUCGAGCUGGUCAUCACUUGUCUCGAGGAUAGUGUGCAUGAUAGGUUCCAGUGCCUAGUAGACGCUCUGUCGGAAGGCCUGACGCACGCUGCCAGUGCCAACCUUAGCAAGCUGGUGUUGGACCUGAACCUGAGCACAGCUCAGGUGGCCCAGCUGUGCGGUGCACUCAGGUGCGCCCCUCAGGUGAACGUGCUGCACCUGCCGCACCUGGGUUGCGGUCGGGAUGGCCUCAAGGCCAUAGCUGGCCUCCUCACCUGCCGGCCACUGGUAGCAUUGAAUCUGUCGGGUAGUUGGGGCAUGCGGAGGGAGGAUCCGCCUUCUUCCACAGGCUCAGGAAGCAUGAGCAGCAGUGGCCAGUACUCGACGGUGAAACAAGCAGCGCAGCAACAGGUAUCACCGAAGACCAACUCUUACUACUUCAGCUCUCUGCCACGGGGAGCGUUAGGCGCCUACAACAGCCUCACCCGUCCCGCCACCCUGCCAAGACAGCCGCUCCAAAACUACGUCCUCGACGGCUAUAGCACCACCACCGACUCCAAACGCAACUCAGACUCCGUACUUUUCCAACGUCUCUUCCACCCUCUACCCUCCUGUGAUGCGGCUCUACAUUCGUCCUCCGGCUUCCACGAUGUGUUUGAAGCGAUCCGUGACCCGAGCUGCAAACUGAGGAGUUUGAACGUGAGCAAAUGUCUGCUGGGGGCUGAAGACGCGCUAUGUCUGGGUGAAACAAUGCGACGGUCAGGGUGUCUGGACGCACUGCGACUGGAGGGUGCAACGCGGUUGGGUGAGGUGUUGCCGGUUCUGCUGGGCCUGGCUGAUAAUAGUAGUUUGCAGCUACUGGAUUUGGGGUCGCAGCGCCUGGUGUUGGAUGAUGGGCCCACGCAGCUCGUAUGUCAGGCACUCAUCAAGAACACAAGUCUCAGGUUGUUGAGCUUGGAAGGAUGGACGUUCCGGAUAGAGGAAGAAGGUUCGCUGCCUGUAUUUCUGGCGUUCCUGCAGGCGACAUCUGUCCGUGACCUGGUGUUGGCGAACUGCCGUCUGCACGUCGCCAUCCACGACGGACGCCUGGGCGGACACGGACGGAUCACGGCCGGGUCACGUGGCGGUCACGGUGAUUCCAUCGCUCAGCUGCUGGCCUACCUGCCGGCCGACUUUCAGAGUCAGACGGUCGUGUUUCUCAGGCUCGGCGGAUUUCAGGUUACCGUCAACGAUAGACUAGCUCUCCGUGGACCACUGCUCCUUCCGUUCCUGCGAGGCUUCACUCACCUGAGCGACCUCGACCUGAGCCUUGACAAGAAUUCGACCCACUCCAACCCACUUCUCAUCGAUGACAAGACGCUCGUCGCAUUCUUUCAGACUCUUUGCAUGCACUUCCGAUCGCUGCAGAGUCUUAAGAUUAGUUACUGGAGGAUAUCACUAGAAGAAUGCGAGCGCACGUUGCGCACAAUCGGUCGUUGCCUGAAGACAUGCUCGCUGAGCUAUCUGAAACUGAACGGUCUGGUGGUGACGGACACCAUCCACAAGGCAUCGCUGGAGCACUUCCUGCUGCAGACGUGCGUCGCCAACCUCAACUACCUCAGCUGGUUGUCCAUAGUCGGCGUGCCGCUCACCCCCGGUCAGGCGUCCGGCUUCGGAAAGUGUGUCAGGGAACGGUUCCCGGGAACAGUGCUUCAGCUCAGUGCCAAGGACGUGGGAACUGAAGCGCUCAAGAACAUGGUCAAUGUUCUCGAAGAGGGGGGCAAGAUUGCGGUCUUGUUUAUUGGGGGUCCCAGUUGUAACUUGAGGAUACACAGGCUGUUGAAAAACCAGAAAUUGAGGGGGAAGUUCAAGAGGUUUACGUCACUUAAAGAGUGAAUAUAUAGUUGAAAAAUAAUAAAUUUUGAUGUUGUCUGUAUAAAGGCUCUUUGAUGUUAUUUGAAGAUGUAUAGGAUUUUGAAAAACCGGAAACUAAAGGGCAAGUAAUGGAGUUUCGUCGCUUAAGGAAUAAAUCAAUAAAUGUUUUUAUAAAUAGUAAAAUAUUGAGAAACUAAGGGGCAAGCUUACGUCGCUUAAUGAAUGAAUGAAUGAUGAAUAAUUUUAUUUGUAUAAUGAAUUUUAUUCUUGUCUAAAGAGUUGCAAUUUGAGGAUUCACAGGCUUGUAUAAUGAAUUAUAUAGUUGUCUAGAGAGCUGCGAUUUAAGAUUUCACCAGGCAUAAACUGUAGUAUAAUUUUUUUAGAGGUUUAAGUCGCUCAAGGAGUGAUUUAAUAAUUGAAAAAUAAUAUUUUCAGUUUUGUUCAUAGAGAGUGUUGUCCCAGAUGCAAUAUGAGGAAUUUUUGUUGAAAAAUCAGAAACUUAGGAGGAAGAUUAUGAGGUUUACGUGGUUUGUAUGAGAUAUUUGAAUCCAUUCUUCUAGUGGAAUAUUUCCCAAUGUCCUUUGAAACGAUAAUAGGGAGUUCAAAUGGUGAAUGGGCAGUGAAAGUUGAAAGAAUGGUAGAGAAUGUUCAAAUGGUGAAUAGAUAGUGAAAGUUGAAAAGAAUGUAGGUUUUGUAAGAAUUAGUAUUCUGAAUUUUUUCAAUAAUUAUUGUUGGAGAGAGAUAACAAAUUUUAUAUCUUCCUGCAAAUCUGGAUGCAGGCAUUUUUUAAUAUCUGGAAUGGUUCACUUGCCUUCAAUUUUAGAAUUGAAUGUAGCUAUAAAUGCAACAGGUAGUAAAUAUCUGGAAUGACCCAAGAAAUCGAAAGAGAAACAAAUUCAAGAUAUUAUCUUAUUGGUGAUGAGAAUGUGUGCUAAAAAUUUUCCAAUAUGAAAUUAUUAUUCUGAGAUAUUUUGGAUUUGUGUACUCUCUGUCCAUCUUUUUAUCAGUCCAUACAUACAUACCAUAAGAGUAGUUUGCAUGUUUUUCAACCAAUAUAGUAUUGAGGCAUGGCAUACGUUCUACGUUGUCACUUUUCGAAACUUCUAAGCUCUCCAACAUGUCCUAUGUGUAAUGCUAAUAAUAUUAAUUCAUGUGCAUAGUAAAAGUAUUUAGUUAUGUUGAGUAAAAUUCCGAUAGUCCGCAAACAAUAAAUUAUAAAAAGUCUUCUCGGAAUGAAUCACGGAAGAGUUUUUGGAGAUUUUUCAAUUUUAUAAAACUCUUUGUGGUCUUUGAACUCUUGAAAUAAUAUCUAUAUGAAACAAAUAAGUGAACCAGAAUACAAAGUACUGCCAUAUCUCUAUUUAUAUUUCAAUUUAUGGAUGUAGCCUAUAUUUCAUACUUUUGCAGUAGCCAAUCAUGAUUUUCUAGAAUAUGAGCUUAAUGUCAAUAGCUUUGAUAUCCGUUAUACAUUUAGAGUACCGGUACAUGAAAAAUUUCUUACGUUUUUUGAAAAUGAUUUAUUUUUCCCUGUAUGAAUACGAGAAUCGGUUUAAAUAGAGUGAAUGGACAGACACUUGAAAUAAGAUAUAACGUUGUUCAAAUAAUAUACCAAUAAUACAACUAUUGGCCCAAUAGAAUUGAAAUUACCCAUGUGACUAUCUCAUAUCCUACUUGAAAAUUUCUAUUCUCUAAGCUCAAAUGUAUCAUAAACUUCCCAAGUCAUUCCCUCUUCAACUACCAUAAACUAUAUACUCGAUCGUGUGACUUUAAUGAAUUGUAAUUUAAAAAGUAUAUUCUCCAAUCAAUAUGAUUAUUAUGAUCUCAAUGUAUUCAUGAUAAAAUAUGCCAUUAACACUGCCUGGAUGCAUUUAUGUUUCGAUACUGCGAAUACGAUUAACUGAAUGACAUUUGAAAAAUAACCACAUUAGUUUUUAUGAUGAUUGGAUGAGGUCUAAUAUCAUUUGGUUCAAUUUUUCAAUGAAUUUUAAAGUGGAAAAGAGUAUUGUUUCUCUGUAAGCUAUGUUAUCGAUGGAUGCCACCUUUCUUUAGGAUGCAUUUAAAAUGUAUAUCGUGUCCAGAUAUACGAGAUAAGAUUGACAGACCUAUUAAACAUAUAAAAAUUAAAUAUCAUUUCCAUUGAAUUGGAAAACUAUGAACUUGAUGUUAAAUUUGUUAAUUCACUUGAACAAUAUCAUCUUUGUCCAAUCGAAGAUAUUUUUAGAAAAUUGUAUGUGCAGCCCACUUCUCAUGUCUCCAACCUGUAAAAAUUGUAUUUGUAAUAAAAUUGAGCUUUAAUAUCAUUAUCACUGGAAUAAUUAAUCCAUAUCGUAGUUUUUAAAAAUAUUGCUGUUCUCUCCGAAGUGUAACAAAUAUAUCCUGCAUUGUUGCAGAAUGAUUUAAGCAAAUCUAGUCUGUUGAUAGGGAAUAAUAUUGUUGGAUAUUAAUAGAAUACUCCUAUUGGAACUAAAAAAUUGAUUUCAUCCCAGUCGUUGUUGCUUGAAAAUGAAUAUAAUAUCGGCUGAGCCUGCAUUUUUAUCAUUAUCCUGUAAAUAUUUUUUAUAGAUAACACUCGAAUAAUCAUAAAAAUAAUGAUAAUUGAGAGAAUAGUAUAUCAUGUGAAUAUAUAUUAUAUAUUUAUUGCAUUUUUGUAUGUAUAUAUUAUAUAUAUUGUAUGGAAUAAAACAAGUUCUAUAUAUUAAAUUGUGAUGAUCUUAUGAAUAAUUAUUAUUGUGAUACAAAUUUUCGUUGUAUUUUGUGGUGAAAUUUUAUUAUUAAAUUUAUAACAGAAAA